UCACUUUCACUGAUAAUACACAUAUAGAUCCCCUCUUUCACUAGAAUCAAGAUCUUGCCUUUCUUAAGCAAUGUAAUUAUCAUUUCAUUUCAUUUCAAAAUGAGAUCUUCAUCGAAACUAACCUUCUUUUUGUUGAUAACAAUCUGGGUUUUCUCUAAAACCUGUAAAGGCCGCGUCUUUACCUUCAAGAUGCACCACAGAUUCUCUGAUUCAUUCAAGAAUUGGUCAGGUUUGACCAGAAACUGGCCCGAGAAAGGAAGCUUUGAGUACUACGCAGCAUUGGCUCAUCGUGAUCAGAUGUUAAGGGGGCGUAGACUCUCUGAUGCUGAUGCAUCUUUAGCCUUUUCUGAUGGGAAUUCAACCUUUAGAAUCAGCUCCUUGGGAUUCUUGCAUUACACAACAGUGGAAUUGGGGACACCUGGAGUGAAGUUUAUGGUGGCACUUGACACAGGAAGUGAUUUGUUCUGGGUGCCUUGUGAUUGCAGCAGAUGUGCACCUACUCAUGGAGCUAGUUAUGCUUCUCUGGAUUUUGAGCUUAGUAUAUACAACCCAAGAGAGUCAUCGACAAGCAAAAAGGUCACCUGCAACAAUGAUAUGUGUGCACAGCGUAAUCGCUGCCUUGGAACAUUCAGCAGCUGCCCUUACAUAGUCUCUUAUGUCUCUGCUCAAACGUCUACUUCUGGGAUUUUGGUAAAGGAUGUUCUGCACUUGACAACAGAAGAUGGUGGACGAGAAUUUGUUGAAGCGUAUGUCACAUUUGGUUGUGGCCAGGUUCAAAGUGGUUCAUUUCUAGACAUUGCUGCUCCCAAUGGUUUAUUUGGGCUGGGGAUGGAGAAGAUUUCUGUUCCUAGUGUCUUAUCUAGGGAGGGAUUAAUAGCAGAUUCUUUCUCCAUGUGCUUUGGACAUGAUGGAAUUGGAAGAAUCAGUUUCGGGGACAAGGGUAGUCCUGACCAGGAAGAGACCCCAUUUAACAUUGACCCAGCACACCCAACCUAUAAUGUUACUGUGACUCAAGCUCGAGUAGGAACCAUGUUAAUCGAUGUAGAGUUCACAGCUCUUUUUGAUUCUGGGACUUCUUUUACAUACAUGGUCGACCCAGCCUAUUCAAGGGUCUCGGAGAAAUUUCAUUCACUGGCACGAGAUAAGUGGCGUCCACCUGAUCCCAGGAUUCCUUUUGAAUAUUGUUAUGAUAUGAGUCCUGAUGCAAAUGCAAGUUUGGUACCCAGUAUGAGUUUAACAAUGAAAGGAGGAAGGCAUUUUACUGUCUAUGAUCCAAUAAUUGUGAUCUCCACUCAGAACGAAAUUGUAUAUUGCUUGGCCAUUGUCAAGAGCACAGAACUCAAUAUAAUCGGGCGUAAGCAUUGCCUUUUUAUGUGUUUAUAAAUAAGAAAAUGAACGUGUGUUUCAGUACUAAAUCAAAUGAAUGCUACACUGAUUUAUAACAGGCACAAGUUUGAAUUCUUUUGUGAAGCAGUCCAUGGUUUAGGAAAAUUAUGAUUUUCAAUCAAGGAUAAAUUCUAAUUUAUUUCAUUUCUCCUUUUCCUAAUCAAUACACUAGGAAAUUCAACUUCUAUUUUUGAAAAUAAAAGAAUGAUAUGCUCUUAAAUGAAUUAUAUGAAUUC